UACAUCAUUAUUUGUAACAUGUACGUGAAAAGGGAUUUACAAGUAAUAAAUAAUGAUAAUAUCGAGGAAAAUAUUCUUUCGUUAUAUAAUGCUCAAAAAUGGCAAGAGAUCGCCGCUUUAUCGUCGACGGCGAAAAAUCUCCAAACUUGCAGACUGUCAUGGGUACUGCCCGAUAUAAACGAUCUGCACUGGAUAAACGAUGUAGUGCGAAGAUACAAUUUACUGGGAAUCGCAAGUGUCGGUUGCGGCUGCGGAUUGCUGGAAUGGUUGCUGGAAAAAUAUUCAGGAUUAGAUAUACUGGGAAUAGAAUUGGAUAGUUCUUGGUGGAACAGCAAGUACUCGCCUCCGAAGUUCCUAAAAAACGUCAUUUUUAUUGAGAAUGAACCAACGAAUUUUUCAAUACCGAAACGAUACGCAAUGUUAUUUUGUUACUUCAAUAACAGCGAGGCAUUCUGUAAAUAUAUAGAAAAUUACAAGGGCAACUUGAUCCUCGUCAUCGGUCCGGUGCAAGGACACAACUGUAUCACAGAUCCGCUGCCUUUUGACAAGAAGUUCGAAAAGUACAAUUGGAAAUUAAUAAAAGAAAAGAGACUUGUGUACUCCAACAAUUGCAUUACCGCAUAUAGUAAAUAAAAAAUUCAUUUGUCAUUGCA